UCAGCCUAUAGCUGAGGGGUGUCUCAUUAAUUAUUCAUGACGCGGCCGUGUUGUUCCACAUCACGCUUGCGGGCGGAGGAGAAAAACAUACAUGCAGGAAACGGAGAAGAUUGUCACCAUGGCGACAGCGAUAUAUCUCGAACAUUACCUUGAUAGCAUUGAAAAUCUGCCCUGUGAGCUCCAGAGAAACUUCACACUCAUGCGGGAGCUGGACAACAGAGCUGAGGAAAAGAAAGGGGAAAUCGAUAAGCUUGCUGAAGAAUACAUCUCAAAUGUGCGAAAUCUGGCCCCGGAGCAGCGAGUGGAGCACCUGCAGAAGAUUCAGAAUGGCUUCAGCAAAUGCAAAGAAUACAGCGAUGACAAAGUUCAGCUCGCCAUGCAGACAUAUGAAAUGGUGGACAAACACAUCCGCAGGCUUGAUGCUGACCUCGCACGCUUUGAAAACGAGCUGAAGGAGAAGUUAGACGUCAGCGGCUACGAAAGUCCAGAGAACAGAGCACUGAAGAAGGUGGGCGGUAGAGGAACCCUAAAGGAAAAACGAGGGCCUAAAGGAAGAGGAAGGAAAUGUUCUGAUGAUGAUUCUCCCAAAAAGAAGAAAAUGAAAAACGGGCCUGAGUUCUCUGAAUCCAUCCUUCCAGUUCACCCAUCAGACGUUUUAGACAUGCCAGUGGACCCCAACGAACCCACAUACUGCCUGUGUCACCAAGUGUCAUAUGGAGAAAUGAUCGGAUGUGACAACCCCGACUGUCCAAUCGAGUGGUUUCACUUUGCCUGCGUUGACCUGACGACGAAACCCAAAGGGAAAUGGUUCUGUCCACGAUGCACCCAGGAUCGAAAGAAAAAAUGAGUUGAACAUUUGUACGUUGAGAGAUUAUGUUUAUAUAUGAAUAUGCGUAUAAAUAUGUAUUUUGUGGUAAAAUAGUAUAAUAUAUAUAUAUAUACUCCUUUAUAUGGCCAUGAUGAAAUAUAUGAGGGUCACAAGAAAACAAAGUUUUUAUUUUUUAAAGUACUUGAAAUGUUCCCAUUUUGUGUUGUCACUGUCUUUUUCAGACAAUCCAGGAUACAAUAUAUAUUUUUCUUUUUACUUGCUGAUCUAUGUAAUUUUCAUUGUACACUUUUAUUUCUGAAGCUUCAAGCAUCCAAACUAACGCAUGAAAUGUUUUCGAGCACUCCGCAAGUCGUUUAGAGCUAAUUUUCUAAAGAAUUUACUUGGAACAAAGUUUUAGAAUGCUGAAUGCAACCGAUGUUAAAUAUAUAAAAGUUAUUCUUUUUCAGGGAAUUUUGCCUGGACUUCAGUUAGAAACUCCCCUUUUUGUUAGAGCAGAACAGAAAUUUUAAAAUGCAAAUGUGAGAUUUUAUUCUGUUUUAUCACAUAAUUGCAAACUUCCAAAAUCAAAAGAGACAUUGUGGGACAUAAGUGCCGUCAUUUGCAUGUUUUUCAUUUUGAGUUGAACAAUCAGAUUUCACUCCAUUCCCCUUUGGAGAUCAUUUUGUUUCCAAGUAUCUUCUACAGAACUCCGAGAGAUCUGAAAUGAAGACUACUGCUUUUCAAAGUACAUCUGAUGAAAACACAGAAUGUGGCUGCAUUGUUGUGUUCCAGUUGUGAAUGUUUAAAAUCAUGGAUAUUUGGCAGUAUCUGCCAUGUGUCUUCAGCAGCUUUCAUGCACUUUUUACACGACCAGACUCAAGUGGCACUCGGAGGUUCUGCUGUGUAGUUCUACAGUCAUGAUGCAAGAAUGGAACGGGACUCUGUUGCAGUUUUUAUUGCGACCUGCUGUAAAGGUCAGAAAAGAAACCCGAGCUAUUGCGAUGGCACAAAAAUGUGAGAUGAUCUACCAAAGUGAGAUUAAGUGGUGAUAGCAUUUGUUUUAAGCUACACUGCUGUUGUACUCUUUUAAUUUCCAUGAUUCUAUAUAAAUGUGAUCCAAAUAUAAAGCAGAAUAUUAUGUGUGUAA